UGCGCAUGCGCAGUGCCGUGCAGCACGAGGCCGGGGAGGAUGGUGCCGAGGAGCCGCGUGUCGCGGCUGCUGCUGGGGCCGCUCUGCGCGCCAGUAAAAGAAUGCUGCCGUACAUCGCUGACAUGGCUAGCAUCACGUGGCCAGCACACACAGGCGAGGUCAAGCAUGGCCGAGGGGCCUGGCUGGACUGGCCAGGAAAGCCUGGUGGACAGCGAUCCCGAGAUGUGGGCACUCGUGCAAGCUGAGAAGGACCGCCAGUGCCGUGGACUGGAGCUCAUUGCAUCGGAGAAUUUCUGCAGUAAGGCUGCACUGGAAGCUCUUGGCUCCUGCUUGAACAACAAGUACUCUGAGGGUUAUCCAGGAAAGAGGUACUACGGCGGAGCGGAGGUAGUGGACACGAUUGAACUGCUGUGCCAGCGGAGGGCUCUAGACGCAUACAGGCUGGACCCAGAGAAAUGGGGUGUCAAUGUGCAGCCUUACUCUGGCUCGCCGGCAAAUUUCGCCGCCUACACGGCUCUUCUUCAGCCACACGACCGCAUCAUGGGGUUGGACCUGCCCGAUGGCGGACACUUGACACAUGGAUACAUGACGGAUGCCAAGCGCAUAUCCGCGACUUCCAUUUUCUUUGAGUCAAUGCCGUAUCGGCUCAACCCGGCCACAGGUCUGAUUGAUUACGAUCGUCUAGAGGAGAAUGCACGACUCUUUCGGCCACGGCUCGUCAUCGCCGGGACCAGUGCAUACGCACGCCUAAUAGAUUACGAGCGCAUGCGCAAGAUCUGUGAUGGCUUGAAGGCAUAUUUGCUGGCAGAUAUGGCUCACAUCAGUGGGCUGGUAGCAUCUGGCGUUAUCCCCUCCCCAUUUGAGCAUGCUGACGUGGUAACCACGACCACACACAAGACACUGCGUGGCGCUAGAGCUGGAAUGAUCUUCUUUCGAAAGGGAGUAAAGGAGGUUAACAAGAAGACUGGAAACCAGAUUAUGUACGAUUUAGAAGACCGCAUUAAUUUUUCGGUCUUCCCAUCACUUCAGGGUGGUCCCCAUAACCAUGCUAUUGCUGCCGUGGCUGUAGCUCUAAAACAGGCAGCGGAGCCCAUGUUCCGGGAGUACCAGACACAAGUCUUGAAGAACGCCAAAGCUAUGGCAGCAGCUCUGCUUCACAAAGGAUAUACAUUGGUGUCAGGAGGAACUGAUAAUCACUUGGUGCUGGUUGACCUGCGGCCAAAGCAGAUGGACGGAGCACGGGCCGAGAGGGUGCUGGAGUUGGUCUCGAUCACUGCCAAUAAGAACACUUGCCCGGGUGACAAGAGUGCACUCACACCCGGUGGGCUGCGGCUGGGUGCCCCUGCAUUGACGUCUCGUCAGUUUAAGGAACAGGACUUUGAAAAAGUGGUGGACUUCAUUGACAAAGGAAUUGCCAUUGCCAGCGAUGUGAAGAAAAAAACAGCAAACUUGAAGGAGUUUCGAGCCAACCUACUGUCUGACGGCGAGACCAUGGCACGUGUCACAGAGCUGAAGGUGCAAGUGGAGAAGUUUGCACGCAGCUUUCCCAUGCCAGGGUUUGAUGACCAUUGAGGUCUGAAACAAGAUAAGGGGGAGGAUAUGUUCACAGAUGCCUGCUUUAUAUCAUGACAAAUGAGCACAGUUCCCACUCAUUUACCAUAACCUACAUUUACAAUUCACAUUUGUUUAAAGCUUGAUGUUUGAUAUGCGUUUAACAUCUAUCACCAGCAAGUUUCAGAAACUGAUUUAGAUUUUGUAAGUGAAAAGUGUUAGUAAGCUCACUUAUAAUUAAGCUCAUGAGUGACGCUUAUAAGAAAUUGAAAAUGCAUUAACGUAUUUGGGUAUUACAGAGUUUAUUUUUUAAUGUAAUUCUAAUGCAAUCGAGAAGGUGAUAUUUUAAAUUUGUCAUAGCUCAUUCAUAUUGACCAUUACUGCUCCACAAUAAAACACAAUUGUUGCUGCAUAAGAAGCUUGGAACUAAUAAGGUUGUAGGCAUUUUCUUUAAGCUCAUCAAGAUAACUUACUGUAUUAACAAAGACACGUGAUAAAAACACGCAUCCGAAUGUAAAACACAUUACGAUUGAUGGUGUUGUGUUCAAAGUGAUCCAUUCAGUGCUUUACUAAAAGUUGCAAUUGUUUUAUUGUUUCGUUCUUGGCUUGUGCUGAUAUUAAAUUGCAGUUAGUAUAUAGACCUAUGCAAACGUUCAAUACAUGUAUGCACUUCCUAUAAUGUGCAUACAUGUUUAGAGAUGCAGUUCCCAUAGUUCACUAAAUCUGUACUGUUCAUGUAUUGUAGUGCAAUACAUUAGCUGCUGGAAUGUCAAUGUAAAAAUACAUGUAAUACAAUCAUGAUUUCAUGGACACAACACAUUAAGACCAACAUGCAAACAUGGUUUUGUUUAAAUGUUUGAAUCCUCAAGUUUUAGGUGAUACUGGCGGUGGACCAUUUUAGCCCAGCAUCCAUGACAUGAGAACGAAACUCGCCUUACGAGCCAGAUAAAAAUACUGGCGACUUCGGUGAUUGUCAUUUGUACGUGUUUUAAAUGCAUAUUGACGAAUAUCAUGCAAAUAAAAUUAUGAAAUGCG